UUUGCCGAAACGGGAGAGUGGCUCCGAUUAAAUAUGCCCGAUAAAUACGCUUUCCUCAAAGGAACGACUGUGCGCUAUUUCUGACCAGGAAUGUACCUGUAGUGGCAAGAGAAAGGAAAUAGUCUGCAUUGGAACUGUUGGUGCCUUCUUGGUGAAGCGUCGAAGAUGGAAGCAGAACAAGUGGUACCAGAUGUCCUAGACUGUGUCCCACCACACGUAUUGCAAGUCGCUUACGAAGCUGUAGAAGUGGACCAGGGCAAUGUCUUGACGCCGACGCAAGUCCAGUUUCCUCCGAAGGUCAAGUACCCGACGGAAGGGGACCACCUCUAUACGCUUUGCAUGACAGAUCCCGAUGCGCCAAGCAGGACGACGCCUAAAUACCGCGAAUGGCACCACUGGCUGGUUGUGAACAUUCCCGGCACAAAUAUCACAGACGGCGAGACUCUGUCGGAGUAUGUUGGUGCUGGACCUCCAAAGGGAACUGGGCUGCACCGGUACGUCCUCGCCGUGUACAAGCAGCCCAACAAGCUCAACUGCGACGAGCGACGGCUCACAAACCGCUCGGGGGACCACCGUGGCAACUUCAAGAUCCGCGACUUUGCCAAAAAGUACCACCUCGGGGAACCCAUCGCUGCCAACUUUUUCCAGGCCGAGUGGGACGACUACGUGCCCAAGCUCUACGAGCAGCUCAGUGGGAAUUAAAGAGAAAUAAGUUUCCGAGGGUCUGGAGGUGAUCUGGGUAGAUCUUUUGCAGCUACAUCCCUUCUUAUCGCUUGACUAGUUUGAUCCUUACAGAUCAGCUCCUUUGUGUAGCUUUGAUUUAUUCCCUGUAGACGUUUCCACAAUACAAGCCAAAUAAAGCCACUGGCACUUGUCUAUGUUGGA